UUAGUAUCUUGGAGCAUCCAGACACAACUAUGCAUUGUUGAGAGACAGGAGAGUGGGAACCACAGUGCAGCAAUAACAAGGACAAUGGCAGAAAAACACCUGCUACUCCUGGUGCUCAUUACAGUGAUACCUGAAUCACUAGGAGUUGCUUGUUACAUCGGGAAUCAAUGGAAGGCUUCAACCAAUGGCAAUAGUUCUCUUUUCCUGACAACUUAUGAGAAAGACCCAUGCAAUUGCUCGUCCUUCGAUCUAGGCGGAGCAAAUAUCUGGCCAACGGGCCGAGACACGCCGCAAACUACAUUUAUCAAGAAGAUGGUCUUCGACAGUGACACCAGUAAAGUACAUGCUUUCUUGAAUUGCCCAGAGCGUUGUGAUAAGCCACUUGGCUUUGGAAAAGGCUACAUUCCAGAUUCGAGCAUUGCUGUAUAUGGGAAUAAAGAAGUACACUUCACACGAGUCAACCAACGCGUACAGCUAUGCCCGACUACCCAUAGCAUUAACAUCCAAUUAGAUCUCGGCAGAUCAGAGCAUAUAUCUGGGAUCAUGAUGCAGUUCGAGUCAACGGAGCGUAUUCUUCUACCUUUGACAAUGGUUUACAUGAUGGUUUCGUUUUCAAACCACGCAGACGUGCAUGAAAUGCAUUUCAAUCUUUCACUUGAGACAAAGGCAUCUCUGUAUGGUUACUCCCUCGAGAAGCUGUUUGAAGAAGUUAUCGUGGCACGCUAUUUGGAAAUUUCCUGGUUUAGCGAAGAGCUCCUGCCUUGUUUCCAGUUCGAGCUGUUGGGCUGCAGAGAACUUUGCCAGUCUUCUUUGGGAUUGAUGGAUGGAUUUAUCCCUGAUGCAAACAUCCACAUCCGUUCCCCCUUCGGCGUUUUUUUCGGACCAGAGAAAGCUAGGCCCAUUCCAAAAGGAGCGUACGACAGUGGUCAGGGGUGGUGUGUUGGAGAACAAGAGCCGAACUCGGAAUGCUGGAUUCAAGUUGACCUGAUAAACGCAACCUUUGUAUCAGGUGUCAGAGUGGAGAGCAUGACAGAUUGGCCUAUCCUCGACGGCUUGCACGUAGGCUACAGUGAGGAGGAAAACAACUGGAACAUAAUUCAUUCUGGAAAUCUCCUUCGUAAAAAUAACACAGAGUAUUUCUCGUCGCCAGUUGUAGCCAGAUACGUCCGAAUAUUUAUCGACAAGAUGCAGAACAAAGACGCAUGCUUGCGUUUCGAGAUCGUGGGGUGUCAAGGUUGCCGUGCUCCUCUUGGUAUGGCAGACGGCUCAGUCCCAGACUCUGCCAUUACGGCCUCAACCGUACAAAGUGUCGAUUUUCAACCCCACUUUGGAAGGCUUUACAACUCCAAUUUGACAACAACGAGCGGUUUUGCAGUGUGGUGUGCCAGCAGUGCCGACCAGUAUCCGUGGAUCAGCGUUGAUUUGAGCCGAGCUCUAUUCAUUUCGGGUGUGAUAACUCAAGGUGCACAGUGCUGCCAGUACUGGGUUCAGACCUUCAAGGUUAAAUACAAACGAGAAGAUAAUGAAGCUUUUGAGUCUGUUGGCAAGAGCUUUGUCGCGAACACCGAUCAGAACACACCCGUAGAGAAUUUCUUUGAACAGCCAAUAAUAGGACGCCAGGUGCGGAUUGUAGCUCUCACAUGGCAUGCAAGACCUUGUCUUCGCUUUGAACUUCUUGGAUGUAAAGAAUGCAAGGACACGUUAGGAAUGGAGGACGGAACCAUCGAAGAUGAACGUAUCACGGCGUCGAGCAGCAAGACUCUUUAUGUGAAUCCAAUAGACAGUCUGAGACCAGGCCGGCCCUUGCCAGACCUGUGGAUCUUAGAAACUAUUGACGAAGCUUUACCCUACUUCACUAGGAACCAAAUCAUUAUUGAUCUAAGUCGACCAACGGUUGUAUCUGGCAUGACGUUAUACGCUUCGUCAACAAGCAUCCAUUCGUCAUUUAUGUUGGCGUAUGCAGUCGAUCCAUUGCAUUAUACUUACUACCUGGAUCAUAACAACCAAACAGUGUUCUUCACUCCGAGCUUGGACAAGGCAGGAGUAAUACGUUUUCCAUCGGCUCUGUACACCCGAUUUGUAAAACUGCGGUACAGAGAACUGAUUCAUCGUAGAUUUCUUAGUCAAAUUGAACUGUGGGGAUGCAGAGGUCGUUGUGAGGAUAAGCUGGGUGUUGAAGACGGGACAAUCCCUGAUGAAAGAAUGACGGCGUCUAGUGUGCUUGAAGACCCCCUUGGGCAUAGCAGUGCUCACUCAGCCAGACUUAAUAACCAACAAGCGUGGUCACCCAUGAGUACUGACACCCAUCCGUGGAUACAGGUCAAUUUAGGCUCAGACACAGUUGUAACUGGAGUGGUCACCCAAGGAGGUGGGUUAGCUCACGAUGGAUCAACACAACGCCACUGGGUGGAGACCUACAAGGUGGGCUACUGUGGCAACUGUUUAGAGACUACUGCUGCUGGUUUAAUCCAUGAUGUGGCUGAUGAAAGCGGAAGAGUGCAGGUCUUCUUGGCGAACUCUGAUAGGGAUUCGCCUGUUGAGAAUCUUUUCAGUCAACCAGUCUUAGCAAGGCUGGUGCGAGUUGUGCCUCUAUCUUGGCACGGUUUCUCUGCAAUGAGACUGGAGCUUCUCGGUUGCCCAACUUUCUGCCAGGAGCGGCUUGGUUUAGAGAACGGGGAGAUUUCCAACCAUCAGAUAUCAUCUUCGGGCAGCUGGGACAGCCGAACACAUGGGCCGCAAAGGGCCCGAUUGAAUCAAAGAGGUGACCCCGAACUUGGACUGGCUGGGGGCUGGCUCGCACACACCGAUAACGUCCACGCAGAGGUUUGGUUGGAAGUUGACUUUACACGGUGGACUCAUGUUACAGGCGUCAUAACGCAGGGUCGACAGGACAAAAGUCAGUGGGUGAUUGUAUUCAAAGUGUCAUUUCUUCAGAAUCGUAGCUGGCUCUUUGUCAAAACAUCUCAUAGUUCUUCAGAGCGUUUGGAUUCUCUUUAA